AUACGCCUGCUUGCACGCGAGACCGUACGCACGCGUGUGCGUAACGCGAGUCACGGGGAGAAGCAGUUGGAGUCCGGUCGUGGGAUUCUGAGCAGCUAUUACACGCGAUGCCGCCGAUGCCGCCGUCGCCGGUGCCGACGGUGCCGCCGACCGCAGCCGAUGUGUGCCCCGCCCGGCGGCGCACCCUCUCCAGCUCGUCCCACUCGCUGGACCCGGCCCAGUUUGUGCGGCCCGACCUGCCGGCCAAGUGCAGCUGGAAGGCCGGUGCGCCGGCCGAGCAGAGCCCGCACACGCGCCGCUCGGUGCGAGAGGAGUACCAGAUCAUGCCCAACAUUCUGCAUCAGAUUGGCCGCACGCCUAUGGUCCGCCUCAACAGGAUUCCACAGAGCUUAGGCAUCAAGUGUGAAGUGUUGGUCAAGUGCGAGUACUUCAACGCGGGCGGCAGCGUCAAGGACCGGAUCGCGCUGCGCAUGGUGGAGGACGCCGAGAAGCAGGGUCUGCUGAAGCCCGGCUCCACGCUGAUCGAGCCCACGUCGGGCAACACGGGUAUCGGCCUGGCGCUGGCCGCCGCCGUCAAGGGCUACCGCGCCAUCAUCGUCAUGCCGGAGAAGAUGUCCAACGAGAAGGUGGCCACGCUGCGCGCGCUGGGCGCCGAGAUCGUGCGCACGCCCACCUCGGCGUCGUGGGACUCGCCCGAGAGUCAUAUCUCGGUGGCGCAGCGGCUGCAGAGGGAGAUCACGGACGCCGUGAUCCUGGACCAGUACCGUAACCCGGGCAACCCGCUGGCGCACUACGACACCACCGGCGAGGAGAUCCUGCAGCAGUGCCAGGGCCGCGUCGACAUGGUUGUGCUCGGCGCCGGUACGGGCGGCACGGCCACCGGCGUGGGGCGCAAACUGCGCGACGCCGGCUCCGACUGCGUGGUGGUCGGCGUCGACCCGUACGGCUCGAUCCUGGCGCACGAGCCGCAUGAGACGGUCGACGGGCAGUUCUACGAGGUGGAGGGCAUCGGCUACGACUUCUACCCCACAGUGCUCGACAAGUCUGUGGUGAGCCGGUGGAUCAAGUGCGGCGACCGCGACUCGCUGCUGAUGUGCCGCCGACUGAUCCGCGAGGAGGGCCUGCUGUGCGGCGGCAGCAGCGGCUCGGCGGUCUGGGCCGCCUGCCAGGCGCGGCCGAGGCCCGCUGUCGUCGUCGUGCUGCCGGACAGCGUGCGCAACUACAUGACCAAGUUCCUGGACGACGAUUGGAUGGAGCAGCGCCAGUUCAUCGACGGCACGCUCAAGACCGACAAGGACUCGUGGUGGUGGAACCAGAAGGUGUCGCUGCUGGACGUGGCCACGCCGCUGACGGUGCUGCCGAGCGUCUCCUGCCAGGACGCCAUCGACAUCAUGAACCGCGAGGGCUUCGACCAGCUGCCCGUGGUCGACCAGCAGGGGGACGUACGCGGCAUGGGCCUGGCGUCUGAGGCCAUUCGUAGCGAGAUGCGCGUUGGACGAGAGCAUGAACUACAUAAAUGUGCACGAUCUACAUUGCAGGUGCUCUACAGUCAGUUCCACAAGGUGCCGCUGGACAAAACGUUGGGCACCCUCUCCAGGAUUCUAGAGAAGGACCACUUCGCGCUCAUCGUGCAUGACCAGAAGCUGUACGUCGACAAGAGUCAGGUGGAGACGAAGCAGGUCAUCAUCGGCAUCGUGACGCAGAUAGACCUGCUGUCGUACAUUAUGGCCGGCGAGGAAGGUCGUGCAGCGACGGGGGACCAGUGAGGCGGCGGCGGCGGCGGCCUGUCUGGGCUCCUGAUCUCGGGGCACAGGGGCCGGCGGCGACGGGGGACCAGUGAGGCGGCGACGGCGGCGACGAGAUGUCUGGGGUCCUGAGCCCGGGGGACAGGGGCCGGCGGCGACGGGGGACCAGUGAGGCGGCGGCGGCGGCGACGGCCUGUCUGGGCUCCUGACCCCGGGGCACAUGGGCCGGUGGCGACAGGGGACCAGCGGAUUCCUUACCCCGGGCACAGGGGCUGGCAGCGACGGAGGACCAGUGAGGCGGCGGCGGCGGCGGCGGCAUGUCUGGGCUCCUGAUCCAGGGCACAGGGGCCGGCGGCGAUGGGGAACUGGUGAGGCGGCAGCGGCCUGUCUCGGCUUCUGACUCGUGGCAGAGGGGCUGGCAGCGCUCCCCGAUCGCCCAUG